AUGCAACAACCGCCACCAUAUGGUGACUCGAAUAGUUCUGAGAUGGAACCAAAAUCAAGCACAUCAAGUUUACCAGACUCUUCAAAUAUUCACCAGAUUAAAUCUUCAAAACGAAUGGAGGAAGAAAAAUUAGGGGCAAGACAGAAUUCAGAUGCUGCCAAUUCAACAACAUCCAAUUCUCUCACCAUUUUAAGCCAAGAAAAUAUUUCCAAUCAUAUCCAUGUAAUGAGAUGGAUUGAACGAGAUCUUGGUAUUAGCAUGCCGUCCACUGUUCAAUGUGAAUCUGAGCUGAAAAAUGGAUUGAAGCUCGCAGAAAUUGUCGCACGACUGGAGAGUGAGGAGCGAACGAAAGGCCUCAACAAGCAACCUCAAACCAAAGCUGCUCUGUAUAAUAACGUGGAAAGAGUGUUGUCUGUUCUGAGGGAAAAUAAGGCCAUUGAACUUCGUUAUUUGUGGUCCGUGAAAGAAAUUAAUUCAGGAAAUCCUGACGUCAUAUGGGGUCUUUUGACUGACAUCUUUGAAGCAUAUAAGAGACGAACGUCCAAAGUCAAAACACGAUCGAGAAAAAAGAAGUAUAAUGAUGGAUCUAAAGAGGAGGAAAUGGUUGAAAAAAUUGAGGAAAUCAGUAAGAACGUCCACACAAAUCAAGCAAGCAAGGAAAUGAAUGAGGAGCGACAACGUGAAAGGAAUUCAUCAAUGGCAGACGACGUGACUGAAGCGGAAGAGUUUUCCAUUGAAGAUAUUAAUCGUUUGAAGCAAGAAUUGUUGAAUUCAGUUUUAAGUGAUGAGCAGGAAUGA